CGCUCUGGCCGGUCCACAGACGGCGAACGCCUGGAGUACCUGUGCUCGGGUAGCCUCAUCAGCGAGCGCUACGUGCUGACCGCCGCCCACUGCCUCGCCGUGCUCAACGGCCCCGUGUCGGUGCGUCUCGGCGAGUGGGACACCAACAACGAGCCCGACUGCCUGGACAGCGUGUGCGCCGAGCACACCGUGGACGUGGACGUCGAGCAGAAGGUCGCGCACGAAGACUACCGCGACGGGCUCAACGACAUCGCGCUGCUCCGGCUCAGCAAGCCCGUCCUCUUCUCCAAGUCGGUGCGACCCAUCUGCCUGCCCGUGUCGGGACACAACAGCCCCGCGGAGGACCCAGUCGGCCAGUCUAUGCUCGUGGCGAGCUGGGGCAACACGUCUCCGUACCACAGGCAGAACGCUCCCAGCCGCUGGCUCCUCAACUACCACGUGUACGUCGACGCCCCCCGAGCGUGCGGCGCCGGCUACAACGCCUUUGACGACGUCCACUUCGAUAGCGACAAGCACCUCUGCGUCGCAGGCGGCGGCUGCCACGGCGACAGCGGCAGCCCGCUGAUGCUGUCCAAGCAGGUCGAGUCGGACGACUACGAGGACAUGGCGGCGCAGGAGCGCGACGUGCUGCACGGCGUGCUGUCCUACGGCGUGCCGGACUGCGCCAUCCGCGCCGCGCCGCUCGUCUUCACGCGGGUGUCGCACUACGUGCCCUGGCUGCUGCGCAACCUGCGGCCCAACCCUUUCGUGCCCAAGGACGAGCUGGUCAGCGGCAGCGGCAACCUCAACCCGCGCAUCAUCGGGCCCAGCCGGCCCAGCCCCAAGCAGGGCUAGGCGGCCCCGGUCCGCGAGGAGCAUCUCGUCGCUUGGCGCUGCCCCCGAGAGCUAGGCAGGCCACCGCACGCCGGGCCCGGCCCGGCCCGGCGCCAGUGCGACCUGGCCGUGACAUUGUCCAGGCGCGCGCAGCCGGCGUGCGCAGCGGCGCGUGGCAGCGACAGACACACACAUACACAGGCACCUGCCCCACCUGCCACUCCGCCAGAAAGUGUCUCUUAUCUCGCCUUUUUCGCGUUGAAAGCGCAGGCAUCGAAAACAGCCACAUUCAACCCCAGUUUGUCCGAUGUGUCUCUUGAGUUUAAUAAAGUUUUGAGAAAAUGUGAGGAAUAGACGUCGAUGGGUCAGUUGAAUGUGAAUUUUGACAGGAUGACAAGUAGGAGAACAGUCUUCUUUCCAGGGAUUUUUUUUUUGCUCUGGAUCGCGUUAUUAGCGAGGUGAUUAGAGAGGGCAAAAAAAUUCUCGCGACGAGUCGGUUUUGGGUGGAGGUCCCACUUUCGUUUCUAAUCGCUAUGGCAAGAGAGGAGGUGCCACUUUCCUCUCAAUCGCUACUGAUGGAGAAGAAAGACGUCAUAGGAUGAGCCCGCUUUUUAAGGAGAAAAGACAACUUCAUAUGAGGGUAUACUGACUGGUGAGAGAUACCAGCGGUGCAAGAUAGAAUAGGCUCUUGCUCUUGGCCUGCCCCGAUCGUCUCUAAUCAAAAACCGCUUUGAGCGGGUAGGUAGUGCUAGACACGCUGUUUUAAACAUAAUUAAUUAGUAGUGUAAUCCAGGCUCUAAACAAAAAUGAAGACUGAAAGAAGUUGUCCACAGUCCGUGGACUGUGACUGCUUUGCUUUUCGAAAUAAAUUAUUUUCGAUUAAACCUUCA